AUGAGGGCACUGAGCCAGAGGGUUGUCCGGAGGCCAGGGGCAAGGAAGCCUACCAAGCUGCGCCAUCUGCCCUCCAGGCUGCCAGCCAGGAUGUGGAGCAGGAUUUCAGAGAAGCAGUCAUGGAGGCACAACAGUCAGACCCCUUCCCUGUGUCUUAUCCAUAAGCUUGACCCCAUUGUGAUGACAAUAAAGAGCAUCAAAGACACCUCUAGGUUUUAUUCUAAGAUCCUGGGCAUGGAGGUCGUGACUUUCAAGGGAGACCGGAAAGCAUUGUGUUUUGGAGACCAGAAAUUUAACCUCCAUGAGGCGGGAAACGAAUUUGAACCCAAAGCCACUCACCCAGUCCCUGGCUCCCUGGAUAUAUGCUUGAUUACGCCUUUGAAGGAAAUGGUCCAGCACCUCGCGGCUUGUGAUGUCCCCAUUGAGGAGGGUCCAGUCCCCAGAAUGGGGGCAAAAGGGGGCAAAAGUAUGUCCAUCUACUUCCAAGACCCUGACAGAAACCUGAUUGAGGUGUCCAACUACAUCUCCUUGUGA